UGAAGGCGUUUGCGAGUUGGCGAGUGUUGCGACGGUCAUUUACUGUGUUUAGUGAUCGUUCGUCCGUUCGUUGGGUGAGAUCGUCUUGCGUCUGCUCCGCGUCGUGCGAUACUAUACGUCGAUCAUCGUACGUCGCAUUUUUUUUCCGUACCCUAUUCCGAUUGAUAUAAUAAUAUUACCGUUGACUCCGCGUGCCGUGUGCGGGAGUGAAUUUCGUCCAGCUAAAUAUUGACAUUACUAUCGAAAUCUACGGCCAAACGAUUAGGUAUUAAAUCUACGCUUUAGACACCCGACUUCGGUGCUUUUUCCAUACGUCCGCGAUUAACACCUACUACAGCCGUCAUGAGUCUGACGACGUAUUUAACGGUGGCCAACAUCGCCGUGCACGUGCUCGCCACUAUCACGUUCGUCUUCUCCGUCUACUAUAAUUACGUUUACGUCAACAUACCCACGCACGUGAAUCCCAUCGACGACGCGUUCGGCGGAAAAUUCAAAUACCUCACGUUUUUAGACGGAUGUUUUCAAGCAUUGUAUUUCCUAUAUGCUUUGAUCGUGGACGUUUUCCCGUUGAUUUUCCCUUCUAAAUCAUCGGUCUUGGAAACCUUGUCUCAAGUGAAACACUUUUUCUUCGCCAGUGUUGCUUUUCCAUUAAGUAUGUUUGUGUCUACGACCUUUUGGAGCUUAUGGUUUAUCGACCGUAGUUUGGUGAUGCCAAAAGAUAUAGACUUAUAUUUUCCAAUUUGGCUGAACCACACAAUGCAUACGUUUGUAUUCGUAUUCACCUGCUUAGAAAUGGUCACCGCUUACCGACCAUAUCCAUCCCGUGUUUCUGGAAUGACUACACAUAUUUGUCUGCAGUUAUCUUAUUUAAUAUGGAUUCAUAUUGUGUAUAGUCAGUGCCAUAUGUGGGUAUAUCCGAUCCUUAGUCAGUUGAACCUGCCAUUGAGAUGCCUUUUCUUCCUGGGCACAUUUGUGUAUACAUCCGUUUUAUACCUAGUUGGCGAAUAUUUCAACAAGUUUGUCUGGGGCUAUCAACCUCAAAAGGUACAAAACCAGUACGAUCCUUAGACAAGAAGUUGAAAAGUUCUCUCAAUACUGAUUAUUAUUAUUAUUAUUAUUAUUAUUAUUAUUAUUAUUAUUGUAAUUUGUAAUUAUUACUUUUGUUUUUUUGAUGACGAAUAUUCGAUAAAAAAAAAAGUUUAUCUUUCGAUUCAAGACUGUACAACAAUGGAUCUUAAAACGAAAUUGUAUAAGAUAAUGUGAUUAUUAUUUUGUAUGGACGUGUGAAAUAUUUUAUUUUUAUUACUUACUAUAUUGCUAUUGUCUUUUUUAGUAUUAUUCUUUUUAUUAUUUGUGUGUGUGUACGCGCAUUUAGAUAUGUGCUUACGUACGCGCGUGUGUAUGUGUGUAUAAUAUAUAUUGGAUAUAAAAUAAUACUACUGUAUUACACUUAAA